AUGGAACCGUUAUUGGAGAAUAUAACAAGUAAUGUAAAAGGCGGAGUUGUUGAGUCGUGUUUGCACCCGUGGAUGGCAAUAGUAAAUUACACGCAAGGUGAUACGGAGCACAUUUGUGGCGGAAUUCUUGUUCACAAAAAAUAUGUACUGACUGCAGCACAAUGUGCUAUGGCAGAACCAGCGGUCUACGAAGUGUACCUUGGUAAACAUGAUCGUUUCGAUAAUUCUGACGGAGUGUUGUAUGCCGUGAGUACAAUAACUGUUCGCUUCCUUGAUGUCUCCGACUCAUUGUUUAGUGAUUAUGCCGUACUGAAGUUAGCAAACGCAGCAGAUACCAACAACCCUCGUAUAUUACCUAUAGACUUAGGCAAGAGGACGAUAUGGAAUGGAGAGAUGUGUCAAAUCAUAGGCUGGGGAACACAAGCAGGUGAUAACCUGCAAUAUCCCCAGAUAGCAAAUGUGGCCAUUUUAAACAACACUCAGUGUGCUCAGGACCUGGAAGAUGAUAUUACUGACAACAUGAUCUGUGCAGUCAACCAAAUACCGGCAGUAUGCCCAGGUGAUAUAGGAGGACCCUUGAUUUGCCAGACUGAUGGUAAGUGGGAAGUCCAUGGUAUUACUAGCUUGGCUGACUCUGCCUGUGCACAAGACGUUCCAGAUGUUUACACUCGCAUAAGCGCCAAUUUUGAUGCCCUUAAUAGAAUGAUUCCUGGUAGUGAAAAUGGCAACCAUGGAUUUGGGAAUGGUAAUGGAAAUGGAAAUAGUUAG